CAACAGCGCGAGCCCAGUAGAGCUUGGGAAAGACAGAUAGUCAGGCAGCGGCAAGGGGUGGCUGUACGACCCUCUUCUGGGGGGGUCUGAUUAUAACAAAAUAUAUACACACAUAUGUGCAUGCCCUGGCCGCAAGAUAGGUCAUAUGACGAUAAUAGGUAUUUUAGAAAGCAUAUAGCUGUAUAUCUAUAGGCCUACAUUUAAGAUGCCUAUUUUACUUUUCCUGAUAGACACGUCCGCUUCUAUGAAUCAGCGCACUUAUUUGGGUACGUCGUAUCUGGACAUUGCUAAAGGCGCGGUUGAGAUCUUUAUGAAGCUGCGUGCCCGAGACCCGGCUAGUAGAGGCGACAGGUACAUGCUAGUUACAUUCGAUGAUCCGCCAUACGGAGUUAAGGCGGGCUGGAAGGAGAACCAUGCUACCUUCAUGAGUGAGCUGAAGAACCUGCAGGCGUCUGGUCUGACCACACUGGGCCACGCUCUCCGCACAGCGUUUGACCUGAUGAACCUCAACCGCCUCGUCUCUGGCAUCGACAACUAUGGACAGGGCCGUAACCCGUUCUUCCUGGAGCCGUCUGUGAUCAUCACCAUCACGGACGGGAACAAGCUGACACACAGCUCGGGCGUGCCUGACGAGCUGCACCUGCCCCUGAACUCUCCUCUGCCGGGCAGCGAGCUGACCAAGGAGCCUUUCCGCUGGGACCAGCGUCUCUUUGCCCUGGUGCUCCGCCUGCCCGGGGCCUCCACGCCCGACAGCGAGCAGCUGGGCAGCGUCCCCACGGACGAGUCUGCCAUCACUCAGAUGUGCGAGGUCACCGGAGGACGGUCGUACUGUGUACGGACUCAGAGGAUGCUGAACCAGUGUCUGGAGUCUCUGGUCCAGAAGGUUCUGAGCGGCGUCGUCAUUAACUUUGAGAAGACAGGGCCGGACCCGCCUCCGAUUGGUGAAGAUGGUGUGGUGGACCCGGUCCGACCCGUGUCGUCCUUCAGUCCGCAGCCCUGGCACAGCUGCCACAAGCUCAUCUACGUACGGCCCAACCCCAAGACAGGGGUGCCCGUUGGCCACUGGCCCAUCCCAGAGUCCUUCUGGCCGGACCAGAACUCCCCUACUCUGCCGCCCCGCUCUUCCCACCCUGUGGUGCGCUUCUCCUGCGUGGACUGUGAGCCCAUGGUGAUUGACAAGCUACCCUUUGACAAGUACGAGCUGGAGCCUUCGCCCCUCACCCAGUACAUCCUGGAGAGGAAGUCUCCUCACAUGUGCUGGCAGGUGUUUGUCAACAGCAGUGGGAAGCACAGUGACCUGUCUGAGCCCUUUGGCUACUUGAAAGCCAGCACCACUCUCACCUGUGUCAACCUGUUUGUCAUGCCUUACAACUACCCUGUUCUCCUGCCACUACUCGAUGACCUGUUUAAAGUGCAUAAACUGAAGCCAAACCCUAAAUGGCGGCAGGCAUUCGAGAUGUACCUGAAGACCAUGCCUCCUUACUUUCUCUUGCCCUUGAAGAAAGCCCUGAGGAUGAUGGGAGCACCCAACCUGAUCUCAGACAACAUGGACUGUGGCCUCAGCUACAGUGUCAUCUCCUACCUAAAGAAACUCAGCCAGCAGGCUAAGAUGGAAUCAGAUCGUUUGAUUGUGUCCGUCGGGAAGAGGCCUCCCCAGGAGACGGGGAUCAAAGUGAAGAACCACUCCAGCGCCUUGUCCCUGGCCCACCGCAAGGACUUCAAACAGCUGCUCCAGGGGAUCACCGGGGAGAUGCCCCUGCGCCUCGCAGACAUCAACUUCAAAGAGUUUGCCGGCUUUCAGAUAGCGCUGCUCAACAAGGACCUGAAGCCACAGGCUUACCGGAACGCCUAUGACAUCCCCAGACGGAACCUUCUAGAUCAGCUGACACGUAUGCGCUCCAACCUGCUGCGGACUACUCAGAAGCUCAUCAGAGGACAAGAUGAAGACUACCUUCACAGUAUCCCAGUGGCACAGAUGGGGAACUAUCAAGAGUACCUUAAGCUGAUGCCUUCCCCUUUGAGGGAGAUCGACCCCGACCAACCCAAACGCCUGCACACAUUCGGAAACCCCUUCAAACAGGACAAGAAGGGGAUGAUGAUAGACGAAGCGGACGAGUUCGUAACGGGGCCCCAGAACAAGAAGAGGGCCGGCGGUGAUCCCAAUCUGGGCUCCGCCCUGAAGAGGAGGCGGAGCAUGUCUCCUCUGCUGCGCCGGCCACAGACUCCACCCAUCAUCACCAACCAUGUGCUGGGGAAGGGGCCGGCGGGGGCCCUGGGACAGGCGGGACUCAUCAAGCCCAUCCCACUGCACAAAGGAGCGGAGGGCAACAGUGUGUUGGCCAUCGACAGUAAUGGGGAGGGGGGUCUGGGGGAUGAUCCAGGGGACAGCUGGCCUGCAGAGGUGGACGGCGAGGGAGGGAGCCCAGCUUCGCUCCCCCUGGACGAACGGGAAGGAAUGUGUGAUGGGGACAGUGGGGAGGACAGGGGCGAGAUGGAGGACAGGCUGGACGAGGACGGGCUGGACGAACGGCCCUCUGAGAGGGAGCAGAACUGCAGCGGUCUGAGCCCCCCAGGCCAGGAGGAGGAGCUAGGAGACGCUGAAGCGGACCUGGCCAUGCCGGGGACCGUGGUGGUGAUGCCACUAGAUGGCAGCAACGCAGAGCUGCGCACGCGAGUUAUCAAGGAGGUCCGGAAACCUGGACGUAACUACGAGACCAUAUUCCAGCUCCUGCAGGAGGUGAAAGGUCCUGUGACGGUACAGAGGUAUUUUAUUCAUCACGCCAUCAAAGAGGCUGCCAGGUUUAAGAAGCGGGUGCUCAUCCAGCAGUUGGAGACCGCCCUUGAGGAGAUUGAGGAGAGGCGCUUGUUGUCUGCCCGUCUCAACAACGACCAUGGGAGAUAGUGACGAGGACAGGGUACCCAGCAAGACUGGACACAAACUCAAAACUCCCAAUGUGGAAAACACUGCCACAACGGCACAAACCAUCUCAUAGACCUGCUAGCCUGGUCUGGGAGAGAGAACAGGAGUGGUGAAGGGGAUUGGAGAGGGACAAACAUGGGACGAGGAGUCUCCAUGAUGUGGGCUGAAGUCAUUGUCCUUGUGCUGUGACUUUGUGCUUGCACAGCUCCCUCCCAGGGGUGAAAGGUUGGGGGCUUUACCCUGGGAGAAGGCCACAGGAUUGAGCCUGAAGGAAGACCAAUCAGCUAAGACUUUGAAUGUAAUCCUCUCUACGCUGACGGCUGCCAGUGGUGACCAUGUGACUCCGGUCUGUCUACAAACAUGAAUUCAUUCACACAGAUAUUGUCUGAACUGUUCAAUCAGGUAUGGCACACACGGUGCAGAUAGAACAUUGUAGGACAGGGGACAGGAUUUGUCAUGUGAGGCAUGCAUUGGAACUCAUAUUAACAUGAUUUCUGAACAUGAUUAGGACUAACUGCAGCAAGCUGCAGGGCUCAUUGCAGUUCAAAGCAAUAAAGACCUUUAGGUUAAGCGCUAGUGUAAUGUUCAAAACACAUUUGAAGAAUUAAACUGUGUACUGUGUACUGACUUAAUAACCUGAGUCUCACAUGAGAAAUCUGAUCUACCUCAACUCUUUUGAUUGUGUUGUUCAUGUGUGUGUGUACUGCAUGGAUGAACAGGGCCGGGGUCCAAUUAGAGGUGGGCCUAAUGCAUCCUCAGUAGAUCUGUUGUCUUAGCGAGAUGACCUGAAAGCAAUGUUUUAUGGAGCCCAACAUGACUCAAAGCAAUAGUUCUUGUCAAGUCUUAUAUGCUCAGUUGCUUGUGGGCCUUGGGGAGUCAGACGUGAUAAAACGCCACCUGUUUGGUCCAUCUCCAGGACCUAGAGCCCAGCCUAUUAUAAACUCCUCCUCUCCUUUGGCUCCUCACAAUCUCUCCAUUGAUUCUCUCCUUGAAUAACUGUUGGGGCAAGUAAAACCCCUGCUCCCCCAGUCACCUGUUCUACAACUGGGACAGCUGGUUAGCCACCACCUGCUUCAUGGCAUCCUGUUGACAAACACAGGCUGCUCAGUUCUUUUCUGAUGUGUCCAUGGAGUUUGUUUUUACAUGAAAGAUAUGUAUACUACUUUGUAAUGUUCAUAAAGAACAUAGAAUAUUUUUGGAUGUUGUUCAUACCUGAACAUAAAAAUAUAUUAUUUUGAAAGAAAAGUUGUAUAAAACCAAUUUUAUAAAUGGUUAUAUAUGAUGAAAAUUUUAUGAGGUUUUUAAAAAUAAAUAUA